CCCCUUUUCUCUCUUUCUUUCCAGACAUGCGAAAUUACUCUGUGCAGCCAUAGAUGUGUCUCUCAGCUGCACCGCCUCUUGUCUUUCCUCUUCCAGAUGCUGACAGGCUCCGAACCAGCGGACAGAGAGAAACAGGCUCUCCUCGUAUCUGCAUGGAAACUGGAUGGGGGGAAAUGAAUAGCAGAAGGGAAGAAGGAGCAAAGUUGGUUAUUUUUCUGGCACAUGGAUGCAAUUACAUGGAGCACAUUCCAGAGGCGUUACUUUGAAUUCUGAGCAGGUCUGCCUGCCAUUCCUGAGUGGAGAGAAGUAAAAAAGGGGGAAGAAAAGUCUCUCUCACAGAGACGGAAUGUCUGCACUUUCUAUCCUGUUUCUAGCAUCCUGUUCCACUUGGCUUUCACGGGCUCAGAUAGAAUUUAAGAAAGUGGCCGAAGCAAACAUUACUCUGCCCUGUCACCAUCGACUGUACCGCCUGGGGCAAACAAGCCUAGACAUAGAAUGGCUGCUUAAGAAUUCCGAUGCUGAACCGAAAGUGGUGAUAAAUUAUGCAGGAAGCAACACCUACACUUACUUUAAUGAUGAACAAAAGGGUCGUGUUUCAUUUGCCUCCAACAACCGGACUGGAGAUGCCUCUUUGGAGAUUUCUUUCCUGCAGCCUAGUGACGCUGGCCAAUACACAUGCAAAGUUAAAAAUGCCGGGCAGUAUGAAUGGACCCACAUAACCCUGAAGGUUCUGGAAAAACCUUCUAAACCCAAAUGCUGGAAAGAAGGAGAGAUGAUAGAAGGAAAAGAAAUCAGUUUACAGUGCAAUACUGCCUCUGGCACUACACCUAUAAUGUACAAAUGGGAGCGUAUAGAAGAGGAUGGAAAGGCUGGGUCCCUGCCACCCAUGGCACAUAUCAAUUUUUCCAAUCCUGCACAAGUUCUGCUGAAGAACCUCACAUGGAUGGCAACAGGGUUAUACCAGUGUACUGCCUCUAAUGAAGUAGGGCAGGAAAGUUGUGUUGUAAAAGUGACUGUGCAGUAUGCACAAAAUUUUGGCAUAGUUGCUGGAGCAGUGUUUGGAGCAAUGGGGGGGCCUGCCCUGGUUCUCUUGGCGGUGUGGCUGACAAUCAAGAAAAAAGAGAAGAAGAAAUAUGAAGAAGAAGAGACUCCAAAUGAAAUCAAAGAAGAUGCAGAGGCACCAAAAGCCCGAUUAGUCAAGCCUGGCUCUUCCUCUUCUGGCUCCAGAAGUUCACAUUCUGGUUCCUCCUCAACAAGAUCAACAGCAAACAGUGCCUCCCGAAGCCAGCAGACAUUAUCAACAGAGGCCACUCCUCAUAUUACUCCAACGCAACACAACCAGGUUGAGAUAGAUGGCAAGGAAACUGAGCCAAAGAAAAUAAACCACACCAACUUUAUGAAAACAGAAGCCACACCAACCAUGAUGCCUGCUCAGAGUCGGGUUUUCCAGUCAGUUUGAUUAUUCCGCAUCUAUUCAGGCUCCAGCUAUGCCCAUAACACACACACACACACACACAAAACCAGCAGCACUGUAUUAGAUUGUUUACCUUCCAAGGGAGCUCCCCCACCACACACACUCAACCACUACAUAAUAAAACCCAUCACUCAGUAUUCUCUGCUACAGGUAGCCUUGAAAAGUGAACUCAUGCUGUUUUUUAUUAUUAUUUUUAAUGCUUUUGUGAUUAACUCUAAAAGGAAGAAAAGGGAACACUGAAGUGGCAGGUAUCAAGUGCUGGAGUCUUGAACCAUUUUUUAAAAAAUUAAAGAGACACAAAAAAUCCCAAUAGAUCUCUGAAGUAGAAAUUUAUUUGGUACAGUUUUCAUGAAAUGUAUACAAGAAGCAAUACAGAAGUGUGUCGGGGGGGGGGGGUGAUGGACAGUGUACUUCUCUUCUCUGUACUGGAAAUAACACCAUCCAUUUUUAGGAUGGAUAUUGCCAAAGUUAUGUUGUUGCUUUUUAAAAGGCCAGAAUAAAAUGGAAAAUGUGAUGAGUAAAACUUCUAAUUAAUGGUUUGGGAAAUCUUGUUGUAAAUAUAUUUGUGAAAGAAACACUCAGACAUCCAAAAUUUAAAGGAAAAAGCCAAUGAAAGUUUGUUUACACAAUGCGACCAGAACUGUAGAAUUCCAUAGCUGAUUUUAAGAAUUCCUCAAAUUUUCCAAAGUACAAAAACACUUCCAUUAAUACUAUUUGUUACUGAAGAUAUAAAUUUCUAAUUAGGCUGAUUUAAAAUGUUCAUACUGCAGCUGAUUGUUUUAAAGCCUAAAUUCUGAUAUUUUAUCACAUUCAGAGUGGAACCACUAGCCUGACAUAGUACAAGAAUGAUUCCCAAAUGGUUGCUUAGAAAGUACCAGUGGAUCAUGUACUGUAUUGGCAAUUCAUUAAUAUUAGAUACAAUACAAGGGGUUUCAAAAAAGGUUUCUCAAAGGAAAUCAGGGGUGAGUUUUCUUCCUAAGAGAGAAAAGCCUUUACUUGGGGAGUCUCUUUAACAAAACGUUUGGAAGUAUUUGAAGCAUGCUCCAGUAUGAUUAAAAUCAGGUAUCUAGGAAUACUAAUGGUUCUAUCCAGUGCCGGCUCUAAGGCAAGGCUUGGUGGCGCAAGGCGCCAGGGGGGCGCCGCGCUACUGCGCCUGCCAGACAGCCGCACUGGGAAACGGGACGCCGGAGGGAUCUUCGCACCACGGCGCCAGGGGACCAGAUACAGUAUGCUUAAGACGGCCCUGGUUCUAUCCAGUUAGUCCUACUCAGAGCAGACCCACUGAAAAUAAUGGACAUGAAUUAUUUAGGUCAAUUCACUUCAAUGGGUCUACUGUAAGUAUAGCUAGCUGGAUGCAACCCUAACAGUACCCCCACAUGUUUAUUCAGAAUUCUACUGUGUUGAAGAACAUGCUCCUAAUGUGCAUAAAGUAGUACUUUAUUAUCCCCAACUAAGGAACCUACUUUCCCCUUCUUCAAAAUAAACCUAAUACAGUUUACAGGUCAUACUGAAUUCAUAUUAUGCACAUCCUUAACAUGCAUAAAUUAAAAUAUAAGGUUUAUGGACCACUGAGCAGUUUUAGCACUGCACUGAUUUGAAUCACCACAGAGAAGAUUGCAAGGUGGUCAACAGUUUAUGAUUUAUUGUAAACUUCAUUUUUCAAACUUUUAACUAGGAAGCUGUUUAGAUCACUUUACUCAGGAUCUGACCCAAGUACAGGAAUGGAUUAAUGAUUUGUAUCACAAAAAAGGACACUGAAACAGUGAUAAGUGGCGGAAUUUUUUCCAACACUUCGUUUUUCCUCCGGAAAUUUUUCCAUUCAUGAAGCUCAGUAGUAACAAUGAGUGGAUACUAACUGCAAAUAAAAUACUAGGCAAGUCUGGCAAUUUCAAAGUUUUUAGUUUUGUUUACUAAAUACUGUACAAGUAAAAUAAACAUACUAAACCAGAUCACUCUCUAGGGCAUCAAAAUAUUUUGCACUGGAAGCUUGAAUCCUCACUCCAAUUUAAAUUAUCCCAUACAAAUUACUCUAAUUUAUAAAGGAAAAUCUACAUCAUUGUAUUCAAAUUGGCUAAGUUGUAAAUAUAUGGUACACGUGUACAAUGGUACCUCUAAAGGCGAAUUUAAUUUGUUCCGUGAGUCAAUUCGUUUUGCGAAAAAUUCGUCUUGCGCAUCGCGGUUUCCCAUAGGAAUGCAUUAAAAUUUCUUUUUUCCCCCCUAGGAACGCAUUAAUUAAAUUUCAAUGCGUUCCUAUGGGAAACUGCGAUUUGCAAGACAAUUUUUUCGCAAAACGAAUUCGUCUUGCGAGUCACCAUCAGAUCACAAGACGCAUUCGUCUUGCGAAAAAUUCGUCUUGCAGGGCAUUUGUCUUGCGAGGUACCACUGUACUUUGAGCCUUCACAUGCUAUUAAAUUUCCAAACAAACGCCUGUCAUUUCUUUGACAGCGAAGUACAAACUAUGGAUUCUACUAGUUUAGCGCAUCAUCAGUGGCAUUAUAGGUUAAAAUUAACCCAAGUGAAUUACACAGGUAUUAAGAAGGGAGAUAAGAUCUAAAUAAAGGUGGAAUAUAUUCUUUCAGAUCAUCAAACAUUUCACAAUUAAAGAGAAUGUUAAGUGCAAUGGCUUUUGAAGUAGACAUGGUACUAAACACUAUUUUAUAAGGGAAAUCACACUCAUGUUAUGGGAAACCAAGCUUUAUUUUGUAAAAUAUUCUAUUUAAAGUAUUUACUGUUAUUCUGUAUACCAAUUGCUACUUAGUGUGGGUGCAUAAAUCUUCUCUAGUUUUGUUUUAAUUCUUAAUUGGUAAACUGAGAUUACGUCUACCUGCUAUUAUUGGUGUACUUGUGCUCAGAAUGAGCAACACAAAAUGAAACAAACAUUUAUUAUAGAUUCCUUUGAAUCAACAAUUUAGUAAGGUUAUUUUGUUGUUGUUUUUAAAUAAAAGAGGCUGCAGUAUAAAUGCUGUAGUUCAACCAAACCUGGAAAA